UAUUCAAUCAUCAUCAUCAUCAUCAUCAUCAUCAUCAUCAUCAUCAACUUUUUAUAUAACAAAAGCGUACAAGUAAGUCACUUACCACUUACCAACUCAACUUUCUACCCAAAACAAAAACACCUCAUCACUGUUACUCAAUUUUUUUAAUUAUAAUUACCGGCCACCGGAGAUGAAUCUCCGGCGAGUCCCUUUCUCCUUUUUCCUCUUCCUCUAUCUCCUCCUCACCACCACCACCGCCACCGACCAAACCCUACACCGCAAAAAACAUAAGAUCUCCGGUCCAAUCAAAACCCUCGUAGUAAUCGUCAUGGAGAAUCGAUCCUUCGACCACGUCCUCGGUUGGCUUAAAUCAACCCGACCCGACAUAGACGGACUUACCGGCACCGAAUCAAAUCCUAUCGAACUCUCAAACCCUUCCUCCCCAAAAAUCCCCGUCUCAAACGACGCCGUUUUCAUCGACUUCGAUCCAGGUCAUUCUUUUCAAGCUAUAAGAGAACAAAUCUUUGGAUCAAACGAAACCUCCAAGAAAAAACCUCCAAUGAACGGUUUCGCUCAACAAGCCGAACAAAUUCAAAAAGGAAUGUCGAAAACCGUCAUGAGCGGGUUCAAACCGGAACUUCUCCCGGUUUACACAAAAUUAGCCAACGAAUUCACGGUUUUCGAUAAAUGGUUCGCUUCCGUUCCCGCUUCGACUCAACCGAACCGAUUUUACGUUCACUCCGCAACUUCUCACGGUGCAAUGAGUAACGUUCGUAAGAAUCUCAUUCACGGUUUCCCUCAAAGAACAAUCUUCGACUCUCUCAACGACAACGACGUAACUUUCGGUAUAUAUUACCAAAAUAUCCCUGCAACGCUGUUUUUCAAGAGUUUGAGAAAGUUGAAGAACACUAUGAAGUUUCAUAGCUAUGGUUUGAAGUUUAAGAGACAUGCUAUGAAGGGGAAAUUGCCGAAUUAUGUGGUGGUUGAGCAGCGUUACUUCGAUGUGAAGGUUUCUCCGGCGAACGAUGAUCAUCCUUCGCAUGAUGUCGCAACGGGGCAGAGGUUUAUUAAGGAGGUUUAUGAGAUUUUGAGGAAGAGUCCUCAGUGGAAGGAAAUGGCGAUUUUGAUUACGUAUGAUGAACAUGGUGGGUUUUAUGAUCAUGUUCCUACACCUGUUGAAGGUGUUCCUAACCCUGAUGGGAUUAUUGGACCUCACCCUUAUUAUUUUAGGUUUGAUAGGUUGGGUGUUCGUGUUCCAACUUUCCUUAUCUCUCCUUGGAUUGAUAAGGGUACCGUGAUUCAUGAACCUGAUGGACCAACACCGCAUUCUCAAUACGAGCACUCAUCUAUUCCCGCCACAGUAAAGAAGCUUUUCAAUUUAAAAUCCAAUUUCUUGACAAAGAGAGAUGCAUGGGCCGGUACCUUUGAGAAAUACUUUUACAUUCGAGAUACUCCUCGUGAUGAUUGUCCAGAAACCCUUCCGGAAGUCAAGACGAAUCUAAGACCAUUUGGACCAAAAGAAGAUUCAAGUCUCUCAGAAUUCCAAAUGGAACUGAUCCAGCUUGCAUCUCAGCUAAAUGGUGAUUAUGUACUCAAUUCAUAUCCAAAUAUUGGGAAAAGUAUGACAGUAGAAGAAGCAAACAGGUAUGCAGAAGAUGCAGUGAAGAGGUUUCUGGAAGCUGGAAAAGCUGCACUUAAAGCUGGUGCUAAUGAUUCUGCCAUUGUCACAAUGAGGCCUUCCCUUACCAGCAGAGUUUAUGUGGAAUCUUAUUAAUUGUUCCACAACUCGAGCUGUAAAUAUUGUAGUAUAGAUAUUUAGUUUGUUCCAUAGUAGUAAACUUAAGAAAAUUACACCAGAUGUCUUAGUAAAAAUAUUAUCAGUGCAAGGAUAAUUAACUAGAUAAUUAAUAGUUUCUAUGCUAAAAAAUGUUUUAAGUUAUUGACUUCAUAAAAUAAUUAAUAAUUAAUCACAAAGUGGUGCUUGAUUGAA